GAUGUGGGUAAAACUUCAGCAGCUUCAGAACAAAGAAUUGAAGAAUUUUCUAGAACUGACGCAGCAACUGGUUCAAAAUUUGAUGUUGACACUAGGUCAGAUAAUGAAGGAUUGCCUAGAACAGAUGCAGGAUCUGGUUCAGUGGUUGAUGCUGACCCUAGGUCAGAUGGUGGUGAAAAAAGUGAUGAUCCAAAAAACACAGUUGGAGGUGGAAAACAAAACAAGGAAGAUGUUUUUGAAAAAACAAAAAAUGAUGAAAAAGUGGAGGGGUAAAAUCCUGAAGACAUGUCUUACUAUUAGGGUUAUGUAAUGGUGUAGGAUAAAUAUCUAGAUGGAACAAUUUAACUUAUGUUACUAUCGUGUUGUAACUUGAAACUGGUGUUUCUCAAACUAUUGUAUGUGUGAACAUUAUUUUGUUGAAUAUGUAAUAUGAAUGUGUGGUUUAUGUUAAAUCAAUAGGUUUAUGUUAAA